ACAGGGGCUUCGAUCUCACUUUCCGGACAGCGGAUGAUGCUGGGCUGUCACUGAUCAAAUAUGGAGAGUUUCUGUAUGACAACUUGAUCAUCUUCUCGCCCUCCAUAGAAGAUUUUGGUGGAAACAUCAAUGUGGAGACUAUUACUGCCUUCAUUGACGGUGGCGGCAGCGUCCUUGUGGCCGCAAGCUCAGACAUUGGGGACCCGCUGCGAGAGCUGGGCAGCGAGUGUGGGAUCGAGUUUGAUGAGGAGAGGACGGCUGUCAUCGACCACCACAACUAUGAUAUAUCCGACCCUGGGCAGCACACGCUCAUCGUGGCAGACACUGAGAAUCUCCUGAAGGCCCCCACCAUCGUGGGGAAGGCGGCACUGAACCCCAUCCUUUUCCGAGGAGUUGGGAUGGUGGCUGAUCCCGACAACCCGCUGGUGCUGGAUAUCCUGACUGGCUCCUCGACCUCUUACUCCUUCUUCCCAGAUAAGCCCAUUACUCAGUACCCGCACGCGGUGGGGAAGAACACCCUUCUGAUCGCGGGACUCCAAGCCCGGAACAACGCCCGCGUUGUUUUCAGCGGCUCCUUGGAUUUCUUCAGCGACGCCUUCUUCAAUUCCGCCGUGCAGAAAGCUACCCCCGGCUCCAAGAGGUACUCACAGACGGGGAAUUACGAGCUGGCUGUUGCCUUGUCCCGCUGGGUGUUCAAGGAGGAGGGUGUGCUGCGUGUUGGAGCCGUGUCCCACCACCGCGUGGGGGAACUCGCGCCUCCCAACGCCUACACCGUCACCGACCUUGUGGAGUACAGCAUUGUGAUCGAGAAGCUUUCUGACGGCAAGUGGGUCCCCUUCGACGGAGACGAUAUUCAGCUGGAGUUCGUCCGCAUCGAUCCCUUCGUGCGGACCUUCCUGAAGAGGAACGGCGGCAAAUACAGCGUGCAGUUCAAGCUGCCGGACGUCUACGGAGUGUUUCAGUUUAAAGUGGAUUACAACCGGCUGGGUUACACCCACCUCUACUCCUCUACCCAGCCGGUCGACGUCUCCAUGCGGGUGUGCCUCUUCAUGUUCAGCAUCGUCUUCCUGCACAUGAAGGAGAAGGAGAAAUCCGACUGA